AUGCCUUCUUUCAACAUUGUAGUACUUGGUGGUGACGGUGUGGGACCGGAGGUCAUUGCAGAGGGCAUCAAGGUCCUCAAGGUCAUUGAGAAGCACACAGAUGUUUCGUUCAACUUCCAGGAACACUUGUUUGGUGGUUGCUCGAUAGACGCCCACAACAACCCCCUGACCGACGAAACUCUCGACGCGGCGAAGAAGGCCGAUGCUAUCAUUCUCGGUGCUGUUGGCGGGCCGAAAUGGGGGACUGGCAAGGUGCGCCCUGAGCAGGGCAUUUUGAGGCUGCGCAAGGAGCUCGGAACGUUCGGAAACCUGCGGCCCUGCUUCUUCGCGUCCGACUCUCUGGUGGAGCAAUCGCCGCUUAAAGCCGACAAUGUCCGCGGCGUCAACUUCAACAUCAUCCGCGAACUGACCGGCGGUAUCUACUUUGGCGACAGGAAAGAGGACGACGGCGAUGGCAAGGCCAUGGACACGGAGCCCUACAGCGUCGAGGAGAUUGAGCGCGUCGUACGGUUAGCCGGAAAUCUCGCAUCUGUCGAGGAGCCUCCGGUUCCCGUGUGGAGUCUGGACAAGGCGAACGUCCUCGCGACAUCGAGGCUAUGGAGGAAGACGUUUGAGCGCAUCAUGAAGGACGAAUACCCCCACCUCAAGUCGGGCACCCACCUCAUCGACUCGGCGGCUAUGCUUAUGAUCAAGAACCCGAGGGCACUGAACGGUGUGGUUGUGACGAGCAACUUGUUCGGCGACAUCAUCAGCGAUGAAGCCAGUGUCAUCCCAGGUAGCUUGGGUCUGCUCCCCAGCGCCAGUCUGGGAGGCAUCCCAGACGGCAAGACCAAGCUCAACGGUAUCUACGAGCCCAUCCACGGCUCCGCGCCCGACAUUGCCGGCCAGGGCAUCGUCAACCCCGUCGCGACGAUUCUGUCGAUGAGCAUGAUGUUCAAGUACUCGCUCUGCCUGCCCGAAUAUGCCGCCAAGAUCGACGAGGCUACCAAGAUUGCCAUUGACAACGGCGUACGGACAAGGGACAUUGGCGGUUCGUCGACGACAUCGCAGGUUGGUGAUGCGAUUGCUGCCGAGCUCGAGAAGCUGUUGGCGAAGUAG